AUGAACGAAUCACAAGAACCUGUAGAGUACUGCUUUGAAAAUGUUGUGAAGUCUUGUGUAAAGGUCUCUAGACCUAUAAGUCUUAAAGCAGUUCUGUAUUUCUUGCUUGUUUUCACCAUUCUGAUCACUGUGUUUGGUAACCUACUAGUUAUGAUUUCAAUUUCUCACUUUAAACAGCUCCAUUCACCCAACAAUGUAUUAGUACUUUCUUUAGCAAAUACAGAUUUCUUGUUGGGAAUGCUUGUGCUGCCAUUUAGCACAAUGAGAGCUGUUGAAACUUGCUGGUAUUUGGGUUCUUUUUUUUGCAGACUGCAUACAACUAUUGAUAUGUUGCUUUGUACUGUCUCUAUUUACCACUUGUGUUUUAUUGCAAUUGAUCGCUACUAUGCAGUGUGUGAUCCACUUCACUACAGAACAAAAAUAAACUAUAAAGUUAUUUCUUUGUUUAUUGCUCUAGCCUGGAUAAUCCCAGGUUUAUACAGUUUUGGAGUAAUUUACUCCAAAGUUAAUGACCAAGGACUGGAAGACGUGGUGGUCAUGAUGACAUGUGAAGGUGGGUGCUUACUGUUGUUUAAUAAAUUAUGGGCACUGCUAGAUCCAUUAAUGUUUAUAGCUCCUUGUGUAGUUAUGAUUGGGAUUUAUGCAAAAAUUUUUAAAGUUGCUAAAAAGCAAUCAAAAAUCCUCAACAAGGAAGGGAAGACUCUUUCUGAAGAAGAUAAUAAAAGGAGAGCUAACCAAAACAGAGAGCAUAAAGCAGCCAAAACACUUGGCAUAAUCAUGGGCAUUUUUUUAGUGUGUUGGCUACCAUUUUUCUUUGAUGUUGCAAUUGAUGUUUAUAUCAAUUUUUCCACACCAGCAGUUGUUGUUGAAGCCGUUACAUGGCUUGGUUACGUUAAUUCAGCAUUUAAUCCAUUAAUAUAUGCUUUUUUCUAUCCAUGGUUCCGCAAGGCAUUGAAGUUAAUUGUUACAGGCAAAAUAUUUAGGACAGGUUCAUCAAAUUUUCAGCUUAUUUCUCAAUAA